AUGGCGGCGCCAGAGUUCAGGGAGAGGACCAUGAACGACGAUCAUAGAGGAUGUGUCCGCCCUCCCUCACUCGGACGUGACACACCUAGCUUGGUCGCGACUAAUAAAAAUGAAAAAGAGGCCACAUUCAAGCACCAGCGCAAGGCCAUAGUCGAUGCAUCCAUGCUCCUCGUCGUCCUUGCUGCGCUGGGCUUCCUCAUGACCCUGCACGUGAACCUGCUACUGCUCGAGGCAGCGGUCGAAGAGCUGCUUCAGCUUUACCACCGCCGCACGGUCCACUUCUUAGAGCAACCAGUUCCCGCCACCCGCCGCCGCCUCCUCCCCCGUCUCCGCAGCGCCGCCCCAAUGCGCCACUCCUCGCCGACGCCGGACCUCCCGGCCGCCGGGGGCGAGAUCCCGGCCCUGGCGCCCGCCUCCGCCGCGGCCUCCACCGGCAGCGGCGGCACAUUCACCGCGCUGCUGGGGCUCCCGACCUCCCAGGCCAUAGAGCUGCUGCUCCCAGUCGCGGCGCCCGCGCCCGCCUUCCCCUCCGACCCGCACCUCGUCGACCGCGCCGCCCGCUUCUCCGCCUUCGCGUCCCCGUCCCCCUCCCCGCCACCGCCUCCUCCUCCAGCCUCCGCCAACAAGCGCAAGGCCGAGCCCGCCUCCAAGGGGAGGGCGGCGAAGAAGGGGAAGACGACGACGGCUGCCGGCGGCGAGGACAAGGGGUCGGGCGAGGACGAGAAGCCGGCGUACGUGCACGUCAGGGCCCGCAGGGGCCAGGCCACCGACAGCCACAGCCUCGCCGAGCGGGCUCGGCGCGAGAAGAUAAACGCGAGGAUGGAGCUGCUCAAGGAGCUGGUCCCCGGAUGCAGCAAGGUAUCAGGAACAGCGCUGGUACUGGAUGAGAUCAUAAAUCACGUUCAGUCUCUUCAAAGACAAGUUGAGUACCUGUCCAUGAGGCUCGCAGCAGUAAACCCGAGGGUCGACUUUGGUGGGAUAGACAACUUCUUGACUACAGAGUGUGGAAGGAUGACAGGUUUGAACUGUAAGAGUGGAAUGGACUUGGAGCAAGUCAGCUGGCCUGACAUGGGCGUCCAUGGAGCAAGGAAUCUCAUGCAGCUACAACAGCAGAUCUGGCAUGGUGAUUUAGCACAUCCACAGCAACCAGCUUCACAGUGGGAAAAGCGGGAGGAUGUUCAUCCUCCUGUCUUUAGCAGCACCAGUUCCUCUCUCUUCGGCUAUGAUCUCGCAAGCUCUGGACCGCAGCAGCAGCCAGCAAGCAAGCUAAAGACAGAGCUGUGAGCUACAGCAGUAGAUUGCAGGACUGGAGAGCGAGCUAAACAUUUUAUUUUGUGAAAAGAGAGCGAGCUAAACACGAACUGUAGUUGAUAUCAACAGCAGGAUGCCAUGGGAUCAAGCAAUCAAGACAUGAUUUGGGCAUCGACAACGGAUGGACAGUGCGGCGCAGGGACUUGUUUCAACGGCAGCAUUUUGAGGUGAUGUACAUAAGAAAAGGAAAUACUGUUGGCGAGGUGGAGCUGAGCCGAAGAGGAUGGGUUGGAAUCGUAUCAGGUUUCCCUGCUGCUAUCUCUGUAGAGGCAGGCGAGCGGACUGCAGUUUCUGGUUCUUAAUGAUGUAUUCUUGGGAGUAUUCCUUCUGACUAUAGUGGCUGCCUAAUCUUAAGAUUAUAUGAGCAGCAUUGUUUGAUGAACAAGGACUGGGUUUUGCACCUCCGUCGAUUGGAUUCUUCGA